AUGGCACCAACUCCCGAAUCCGCCGCGUUCCUAGCAAAGAAGCCCACCGUUCCCCCGACCUUUGAUGGUGUUGACUACGAUGAUACGCCACGGUUGAAGCAAGCACAGGAUGCUAUUAUCAGGGAACAAUGGGUCAGGAGUAUGAUGGCGAGAUUGGUCAGAGAGGAGAUGGGAAAGUGCUAUUACAGGGAGGGAGUCAAUCAUUUGGAAAAGUGUGGUGCAUUGAGAGAACGAUACCUUGAGCUGUUGAAGGAAUCGAAGAUCAAGGGUUACCUAUUCCAACAACAAAACUACAUCCCAAAGAGCGAAUAA